AUGUUCAAACAAACAUUGUUGUGUCGAGUAUCCAGAUCAAUACCAAUUGGGAAGACUUGCAUACACAGCUAUAACAGACGAUUUUCGAGCUCGCUUUUUACUAAAUACAAAAUGGCUGCCACAGAUAGACUAAACCAAACCUCCGACAUCAUCUCGCAAUCGAUGAAGCAGUCGGACUCGUCGCAGUCGCUGGCUGCGUUGGAGAAGCCGUUCAAGGUGUGCGUGGUCGGGUCCGGUAACUGGGGUACCACGAUCGCGAAGGUUGUGUCGGAGAACACGGCGCUGAACCCUCAGCUUUUCGCGCGCCGGGUGGACAUGUGGGUGUUUGAGGAGAUGAUCGAGGGCGAGAAGCUGACGGAGAUCAUCAACACGAAGCACCAGAACGUCAAAUACUUGCCGGGGAUCGACCUGCCGGAGAACCUGGUUGCGAACCCGGACCUGCUGGACUGUGUCAAGGACGUGGACAUCAUCGUGUUCAACGUGCCACACCAGUUCUUGCCCAGGAUCGUGAAGCAGUUGAAGGGCCACGUGGACUCUCACGUGCGUGCGAUCUCGUGCCUGAAGGGGUUCGAGGUGGGCCCCAAGGGAGUGCAGUUGCUGUCGAGCUACGUCACCGAGGAGCUGGGCAUCCAGUGUGGUGCGCUUUCCGGAGCCAACCUGGCUCCGGAAGUGGCCAAGGAGCACUGGUCCGAGACCACGGUCGCCUAUCACAUUCCAAAGGACUUCAGAGGAGAGGGAUUGGACGUGGACCACAGGGUGUUGAAGGCGCUGUUCCACAGACCGUACUUCCACGUGAGCGUGAUCGAGGACGUGGCUGGUAUCUCGAUUGCCGGUGCUUUGAAGAACGUAGUUGCGCUAGGUUGCGGUUUUGUCGAAGGCCUCGGCUGGGGUAACAACGCGGCCGCGGCCAUCCAGAGAGUCGGUCUGGGUGAGAUCAUCAAGUUCGGGAAGAUGUUUUUCCCGGAAUCUAGGGUCGAGACCUACUACCAGGAGUCCGCGGGUGUUGCGGACUUGAUCACCACCUGUUCCGGUGGUAGGAACGUCAGAGUCGCUACCUACAUGGCCAAGAGCAAGAAAUCUGCCGAAGAGGCUGAAAAGGAGUUGUUGAACGGACAAUCCGCACAGGGUUUGAUCACCUGCAAAGAAGUCCACGAAUGGUUGGAAUCGUGUAAUUCCUUGUCGGAAUUCCCAUUGUUCGAGGCUGUUUACCAAAUUGUGUACAAUAAUGUUCCAAUGAAGAAGUUGCCUGAGAUGAUUGAAGAAUUGGACACCUUUGCCAGCUCUUCAGACGCCUCAGAUUAG